UGUGUCUAAAAAAUCCUGUCUCUGUUCCUACAUGAUCAAUCAUGGAUGAAGAUUCAGCAUUGGAGAGUUAUUUUGAUGACCCAGUUGGAAAUGUACCAGAUGCCUCUGGCUUCCUGUUUGAAGGGGACCUGGGCUUGCAGGGCCCCCCUCAGCUCCACGACCCAUCCUUUCUCUCCUCCUUGAGCCAACCGGAGAAGGACAUCGGGGAGGAUCUGGAUCUCAGCUUCCUACCUGAUGACCUGCCAGAGGACACCUGUGGAAAUGCUGCUUCUAAUGCUAACAUGACACAAGACCACGUGUUCGAUGGCUACAGGCCUGAGGAGUCUGCUGAGACUGACCCUAACAAGCCGGCCGUGAUGGGAGCCUCUACCUUCUGUCCCAUGACGCCUAUGACCCCCAUGACUCCAGUGGCUGAGAGUUCUGGAAUAAUCCCCAUUUUACAGAAUAUUGUAUCCACAGUGAAUCUGGCCUGCCCACUGGACCUGAAAUCCAUCGCUCUUCAAGCCAGAAACGCUGAGUACAACCCCAAGCGUUUUGCUGCUGUCAUUAUGAGAAUACGGGAACCUAGGACCACAGCACUCAUCUUCAGCUCCGGAAAGAUGGUCUGCACAGGAGCCAAGAGGAUAGGAAAAAGUGGAGGGAGGUCAUUGAGCCCUUGUCCCAAAGUGGAUGAAGAAGAUGAUCCCCUCAUUCCUCAAGCCACUCCUCUUGUUUUUGCUGUCUAUUCUGACAGCGAGGAGCAGUCUCGACUGGCUGCCCGCAAGUAUGCUCGUGUGGUGCAGAAGUUGGGCUUUCCCGCCAAAUUCCUGGACUUCAAGAUCCAGAACAUGGUGGGGAGCUGUGAUGUCUGCUUCCCCAUUCGGCUGGAGGGUCUGGUGCUGACUCAUCAGCAGUUCAGCAGUUAUGAGCCAGAGCUGUUUCCUGGUUUGAUCUACCGCAUGGUGAAACCACGUAUUGUCUUACUGAUCUUUGUGUCUGGAAAAGUGGUUCUGACAGGGGCUAAAGAACGUGGAGAGAUCUAUGAAGCCUUUGAGAACAUCUACCCCAUUCUGAAGGGAUUCAGAAAGCAAUAAGUAGCGCAAUUGUAACGCUGAUGUGGGUGAAGAAAAUGAAUCUUCAUUUGUUUAAAAACAUGAAUGUGUCCUAAAUUGUUUCAUUUUGAGUGUUGGCUACACUUGUGGAAAGUGUGUAUAUCGUGCACUUAUGUACUUUUAUAAUUUUGUAAUGGUGGAUGGAUGAAUCUGUAAUGGAAUAUUGACCAUCUCAAAGAAACGAAUUAAAGGAAAGUUUGCAUAUAAUACAGCUAACCCAUUCAUAGACGCUAACCACCUUUAGCGCCUAAUGACGAUAGUAUCAAAGAUAGAACCAUGAGCCAGAUGUUUCACCAGAUGUGUAAAUCUGAAGCAUCCG